AUUUCUUAAUGGCCGCUCAAGCAAACGGAUGGAAUGCUAAUCGAGCUCGAGAUUGGUAUCUUGAAUGGACAGACGGCAAUGCGCAUACUUGGGAUCAACUUUCAGCUGCUUUUACAACCAAGUAUCUAAAUAACGAUUUCUGCAAACAAUGGACUGAGGAAUUACGAGGUCUCAAACAAUGCAGGAGUGAAACUGUUGAAUACUAUUACUAUCAGGUCAGGCGAAUGACUACUCGAGCUGAACUAAAUCCUGCUGCCACUCUUCCUUACUUGGUUCAAGGAUUACUACUUGAGAUUAAGGCCGUAGUUAAGACACAUGCUCCUGUUGACCUGGCUGAAGCCUUAACAAAAGCUAAACUAUAUGAGUCUGAAAAAAUGGAAACGAAAAAAUGUUAUAAUUGUAACGAGGUUGGACAUUUUGCUUGUGACUGUCUAGUUGAAAAGAAAACAUAUCCCCAAAAUCAAAAUAGACAAAAUGUCAGUUAUGUUGAAUAUGACAAUGACAGUGAUGAUGAAUGUGAAGUCUAUGAAGCUAUACGAAACAAACCUAAUAAUCGAACUAUCCCUCUACACAAACCAGGAAGACCAAAGAAUUCUGUAUCUCAAAAAGCUACGCCCGUUAUCAAUAAUCAAUAG